AACCAGACAGUUUGUCAACAAAAUCUCAAAAUUGGUAUGGCUCGAAUGACCAGUUCAAUUUACGUUUAGUUUCAAAUUGAAUUUAAUAUUAAAAUGAUAACGAAAUGUUAGAAGAAUUUCUGAAGUUUGAAGUUCAGCUAAAUGUGAUUGUCGUUACAUGUAAAACAAAUGAGUGAGGCAAAUACACCAACGGCUAACAGAACGCCUUUCCGUAGACUUGGGCUAGCCAGAAGUAUCAAAAGAGCGGGAUUUGCAGACAGAGCUGAAGCAUUGAGUACACCCAAAUCAGCGCUUCCCAGCCAUGCCGUUGACGAGAACGUUUUGGCGAGUAGCAGCCCCAACCCGACUGCCAAUCAAAUGCGGCCUAUUAAAAGCACUUGCUCGAAUGACACUAGUGACCAGGAGGACAACGUUGAAACACCAGCACCGGUGACAACACCCAUCGCCGUCAGGUCAAGCUCCAAGAAAACACGUCUAUCGUUGAGUCAAAGCUGGAGGAAAAAAAUAGUUCAGAAGAAGGAACUGCAAAACAUCAAACGAAGAAAGUUGAUGGACGAGGUGGAAAUGUGUACGGAACCGGAAGAAAUCGAUAGCUGUGUGGAACAGGAACCAAGUCAUAGUCGUGUUGAAACUAAAUCAACUGAAGACAAGCCAUAUUCAAAACCACCCUCGAAUAUAAAGCUACAAAUUCAGGAAGUUAAGGAAAGCAUCUCAGUAUGGAGGAACGGAUGCAUUGCAGCUUUAAAUGAUCUACAGGAACGACGCGGCACCGGUGAUAUGGAAUCGUUGCUGAACAUGCUCCAGAUACCUUUUGAUUUGGUAAACUUUGAUAGCGAGACCCAGGAGUUUCUGGAUCCAGAUUGAUUCAGUUCUAAAUGUGAAACUUUCUGUUGAUACUUUUUGUAAUUCUAGCUACUUUUUUUCAAAUUACAAAUUUUCUCAUCGUUCGAAGGCAAA